AAUCUCAUCUCAUCCUUUUUCAAUUUUUAUCCGGUUGUUCAUACGCAUCAAUUGCUCGCUGACGCAGAGAUGUCGCAAACAGGUCUCCCAUUACCCAACUUCGAUGUGCAGAAUCCAUCAAGCCAACAGCAGCAGCAUGCAACCGGAGUUUCAUUUCCUCCACAAGAUCUACCAAUACCUGCAUAUCCAGUUAAUACGGAUCGCAAAAAAGCAGCAGAUGUCCCAGUACCCCAAUAUCCAUCAAUACCACAUCCAUUUAUGGAUCACAACAAAGCAGCAGAUGUCCCGGUACCCCAAUAUCCACCCCAAUAUCCAUCAAUACCACAUCCAUUUACAGGUUUCCCAUUACCCAACUUCGAUGUGAAGAAUCCACCAAGCCAACAACAACAACAUGUAGUCGGAGUUUCGUUUGCUCCACAAGAGAAAGCAAUACCAGAUCUAUUUAACGGACCUAGAAUUGAUUACAUCCAUUUUGGUGUCCCCCUAUAUGAAGCAUCGAUCAAAGGUGAUUGGAAAGCUGCUAAAGACAUUUUUGAUGAAACGCCAGCGUUGGUAAGGUAUAGUAUCACUGAAAAUGGCGAAACAGCACUUCAUGUUGCUGCAUCCGCAGAAAGCACCAAUGAGGUGGAAGAGUUCGUGGAACAUCUGGUGAAUUACAUGCAAAAGAAGGACCUGGAACUUCAAGAUAAAAGUUCCAACACUGCCCUUUGUGUAGUUGCUGCAUCCGGAAAAAUUAACAUGGUUAAGAUUAUGGUGCAAAAGAACAGGGACUUGAUGUCAAUCCGUGGUUGGCAAAAUAUGAUGCCACUUUAUAUGGCUGCCUUGUUUGGACAUCAUGAGGUGGUGAAGUAUCUGUAUCAAGAAUCGAAUAAUCUGCGUGAUGAUAGUUAUUGGACACCGAAGACUCGUGGUUGGCUUCUUUUGAAAUGCGUCGAGUAUGAUAUGUUUGAUGUCGCACUACGGAUUGUGAAAGAUCACCCAGAACUUGUUAAUAGUUCGGAUGUACUUGGAGUUUUAGCUCAAAAGCCUGAUGCAUUUUCUAAAAGAAAAUCUAAUAUCAUCAUGAACACCGUCAAAUGGGUUUUUACAGUCAUUUUUCCAAAGGUGGGAGUUUAUGAAAAGGGAAGUACAGCACUGGAAUUACUAACAAUCAUGUGGCAAAAUAUUGCGAUGAAGUCUAAGAAAGAAAUUGAUGUCAUACUCAGAGGGACGCCUGUGACGUUGCCGGGAAAUGCAAAGAAAAAGUACUCUUCACAAAUACCAUUUGUUGCUGCAGAAAGGGGCAAUACUAGAUUUGUAAUUGAGCUCAUCCGUCUAUAUCCUGAUUUGAUAUGGAAAGUAAACGAUACCAAUCAAAGUAUAUUUCACACUGCUGCCGAACAUCGUCAUAUGGAUAUCUACAAUCUAUUGUAUGAGAUAGGCUCAAAAAGGAAUCAGAUAACUCUUCUCAAAGAUGCAAAUGAAAACAAUAUGCUCCAUUUAGUUGGGAAGAGUGCCAAGAAAAAGCGACAUGAGGAUGUCUCUGGAGCUGCUUUUGAGAUGCAACGAGAACUAUUAUGGUUUAAGGAAGUAGAGGGGAUGGUCCCUUUUUCUUAUAGGGAAGAGAGAAACAAAGAUGGCCUAACACCACACGAGUUAUUCACUGUGGAACACAAAGAUCUAGUUGUAAAGGGUGAGGAGUGGAUGAAAGGAACAGCUAGUCAAUGUAUGGUGGUUGCUGCUCUUAUUGCCACCAUAGUUUUUGCUGCAGCUUUUACGGUUCCUGGCGGAUACAAUCAGAAUGAUGGUAUCCCUAUAUUUUAUCGAGAAGUAAGCUUAAAGCUUUUUGUAGUGGCGGAUGCCAUAUCUUUAUUCUCAUCAUCAGCUUCUAUAAUCAUGUUCUUAUCUAUCCUUACAUCUCGUUACGGUGAACGUGAUUUCUAUGAAUCAUUGCCUAAAAAGUUGACGUUGGGUUUAGCAACACUUUUCUUGUCGAUAACAACCAUGAUGGUUGCGUUCAGUCUCAGCUUGUUUGUGUUAUACCAUAAAGAUCUAAAAUGGAUACCGAUUCUUGUCGCCAUGUUUGCUACCAUGCCAGUCUUCCUAUUCGCUACGCUGCAAUAUCCUCUCUUAAAAGACAUAAUACUUGCGACAUACGGUUCCAAGUACCUCUUUCGGCCGAAGAAACGUAAUCUUUAUGAAAAUCAUCAACGUUUUCCAAUUCCAAUGCGUUUUUGAAAUUGUUUUAAGUGUAAUAAUUUUAUUUGUAAUAUAAUUAUGUAAGUGUUAUAAUAAUUUUGUUUGAUUCCAUAAGAUGAAACAGC